CGGGCGCGGCGCGCCAUGGCGGCGGCACGGCUGGCGCUGGUGCUAGCGCUGUGCUGGGCCCGGCCCGCGGCCGGCUCCGACGCCCCGGGCGGCGGCUGGCCGGCGGGCGCGGUGCCGGAGGAGGAGCGCUGCACGGUGGAACGGGCCGACGCCUCCCUCACGGCCUCCGUGUUCCUGCGGCGGUUCGCCUUCUCCCGGCCCGUCGUCAUCCGCGGGCUCACGGACAACGCGGCCUUCCGCGCCCUCUGCACCCGGGACAAGCUGCUGGCGGCCUUCGGCGCGCACGCCGUGCGGCUCAGCACGGCCAACACCUACUCCUACCGCAAAGUGGACGUGCCCUUCCAGCAGUACGUGGAGGAGCAGCUGCAGCCGCAGGACCCGGCCCGGCUGGGCAGCGACACCCUCUACUUCUUUGGGGACAACAACUUCACGGAGUGGGGGCCCCUCUUCCAGCACUAUGUGCCCCCCCCUUUCCGCCUGCCGGGCACCAGCGCUGCCUACAGCUUCGGGAUCGCAGGCCCGGGCUCUGGCGUCCCCUUUCACUGGCAUGGCCCUGGUUUCUCUGAGGUGAUCUUUGGCAGGAAGCGCUGGUUCCUGUACCCCCCGGAUCACACUCCCCACUUCCACCCCAACGAGACCACACUGGCCUGGCUGCAGCACACCUACCCCAGGCUGCCGCCCGCCCAGCGCCCGCUCGAGUGCACCCUGCGCCCCGGGGAGGCCCUGUACUUCCCCGAGCGCUGGUGGCACGCCACACUCAACCUGGACACCAGCGUCUUCAUCUCCACCUUCCUGGGGUAGGGCUGUGGCUGCGCUGCCAUCGCCCUCAGCACUCUGAGAGCAGCCUGGGCUGGCAGCUCCAGUUCCUGCCCACCACACCUGGGGUGAGGAGACCCUGCCACAGGUUGUUCUGGCUUCUCCUCAUCUCCUGUCAUAGAAUCACAGCAUGGUGGUGGGGUUGGAGGGAACCUUUAGAGCUCAUCCAGUGCAACCCCCUGCAGAAGCAGCUCCCACCUAGAUCAGGCCACACAGGAACGUGUCCAGGUGGGUUUUGAAGACCUCCAAGGAAGGAGCCUCCACACCCUCCCUGGACAGCCUGUGCCAGGGCUCCCUCACUCAAACAGUAAAAGAGUUUUUUCUUAUA